CGCUCUCAUACACAAUCACUGCUGUAGUCCCGGUAGUCACGUCAAAAGUUUACAGGUUAUGUAACUUUGUUUUUAUUUUCAUUUUGACAGUGAAGGUGUCAGUUCGUACAGAAAAAUAAAAUUUUAAUUCGACGUAGAAUAAUGUCGGUGAAACAAAGGGUUCUAAGCACCUUCAAAUCGUUACAUCGGGUUGCCAGUAAGACAUUCGACGGCGACGAGCGUUCGCUGUCAACAGUACGAAACAAAAUCAAUGAAGAGUUUAAGAAAAACAAACACGUCCAGAAUGAGGGAAGCAUCAACGAAUUGGUUAAACUGGCCCAAGAUGUUGAAUACGAACUGAAAACAAACGUUAUCCAAGCCAAAGAAAAGGAACCUGGGGUCUAUGAGGCCAAAAUAACGGGAGACACAACCAAAUUGGACAACGUUAUAUUCAAUGAAGAAGCGGUCAUAGCGAAACCGCGAUCCGGUGGAAAGCGGUGUAAAUGAGACUAAAAUGUUCUUUGCAUUGUAAUCAUCAAGUUAGUGUAUUUCGAAAUUCUAUUUAUUAAACGGAAAUGAUUUUCCCGGAAUGAUGGAA